AUGAGGGAGAGGGAGGAUGUUCAAGCCGUGAAUUUAGAGCUGCUGCUCGGCUCGGUGCUAUCUGGCCGCCAUCUGGCGCAAGCUUCUCAUUUGCCCAACCAGUUCACGUUCGAGUUCUUCAAAACCGUCUACUCUCCUCAGCAGAAUGUCGUCGUGUCACCACUAGCGAUGUUCCUGAUUCUGAGCAUGGUGUACCACGUGGCCAACGAAAAAGCCUCGGCCGAACUUCAACAGCUGCUCCAUCUGCCGGAGGACAAACAAGAGGUCAUGCUACAUUUAAGCCAUUUCUUCGAUCAGUCCCGGUCCAAUGCGGAUGGGUACAGAGUUUCUAACGUGAUCUUUUCAAAACUCACGCUUAAUCCGGCUUUUUACCUACCACUGGAGAAACGGUGCGGAACAGAACGCAUCAACUUGACCAAUGUUGAUGUGGUGGCACUGGCAAACAAAUGGUCCCGGAACAAAACUGCCGAUAUGUUCAGUAUCGAAAUGUUCGAGGAUGGCCGGUUUGCUUUCGGGUUGACUGGAAAGCUGAGGGUGGUGCAGUUCGUUCAGAGUGCAGUGAUUGACGUGGAUGAGACAGGGACAUUUGCUGCUGCUAUUACGAUUUUCGGUGCGAUUCCGUUUUCCGCGGAUGGCGGUGGUGACAACAUCAUGAGAAGUGACUUCACCGCAGCAGCAGCAUCAGUGCUGGCAGCAACAGGAUGCUCGACGUCGUCUUCCGGCGGCUCCAAAAAGCUGGUUCUGCCUUUGACUUGCCAGGAAUAA